GAAAAAAGCAAAAGUCUUGGAUAGAGAGUGAGUGAGAGAGAGAAAUUUAUUGCCAAAACUCUAGCCCAAUGUGAAGCUGAGUUCUAAAUUUUAUGUUCUCAGUGUGUGUUUUUUCAGGUAAGUGAGUGAGUCCCGGUGAUAAAUCAAUAUUUUUACGAUAAAUAUGACUACAGGCAUGAUUCAUGACCAGAGUCUCGAGAAAAAUUUCGAAAAACAGAUGGGCUGUUUCACCGGUUUUCGACAGAUCUUUGAUCGCCAUCAGUUGCUCACCGGAAAGCGCCUUUACACCACCAAGCGCCUCCCUCCCCCUCCCCCUCCCCCCACCAGGGAUGGAAUUUCACCAGAAACUGAAAAACCGGAAAAGUCAUUAAAGGAGACGGAGAGGCCUUCUCCGAGAACAAUGGCGUCACCAAGUCCUGACCGAUAUAAAUCACCGGAGCUGCGUUCACCAGCGCCAGUACAAACGCCACCACGGUCUUCGCUGCCUCAUCCGAUCUUUGAAUUAAAUGAAGCAACAAAGUACUCAUGGAAAUUCGCCAAAGAGACACCGAGGCUAUCACUGGAUAGCAGAGCUACAUUUGAUUCUACCAAAGGAAGUCUCCGAACAAACACGAAUAAAUCUACAGAGGAUAAUAGCAGGCGAUCAACGAGUGUCAUCGCGAGACUAAUGGGACUCGAAUCAACACCACCGGAGGCCGUGACUAAGCCAGCCGAACUCACAAGAUCUGCUUCAGAAUCACGCGUUUCGCGAGAAUUGAACAACAAUUUUCAGCCUAAUCACGUAAUCAGAAGCAAUGUGAUUAGAGAGAAAGUUCCAGAUCCAAUUAGAAAGCCACAGCACACGAGAACUGAGUCCAGAGCCUUCAAAUCGCCUCAACAGCGUAGAAGCUUCUUCGAUUCAGCGGAUAUCUUCCCGGAGCCAAAGCAAACAACUGUGUCGAUUUACGGAGAAAUUGAGAGACGGAUGAAACUAAAAGGACUCGAUGAGCAAUCACAGGAUCUCGAAACGUUGAAGCAGAUACUCGAAGCAAUGCAGCUCAAAGGCCUUUUACAUUCGAAAAAGGCUCAAACUCCCGUCAAAAAUAAGAAUGUUGUUUACGAACGGACUCAUUCAUUUCCUUGUGAUGACAAUGAGCAUCAAUCUUUUAGCUCUGUUGUCUCAGUUAACCGAAGAGGCGGUAGCAAUUCGCCUACAUCAAGUCACCGAUCCAAGUCUGAGUAUCGCCGCAGUGAUAGCAUCCCUGCGGUGAGUCCACGGAGGGAGAGAGUAAGCGUUGAUCGGAGUAUAAAAAGUCCUACUCGAGGUAGAAAUGCGAGCUCACCGACGAGAAGUGAGCUAAGUGCUAGGAAUUCAAAUGUGAGAAGAAAUCAGCUAAUUAGUGAGAGAAGAGCAGUAGAAUCACCAGAGCAUCGAAGAAUUUCUCCGAUAAAUUCACCUAGAAUUAUUCCGAGAAGAAAUUCACCUGAUGUUGCAAAUCGAUCUCCGAGGAACAAAAAAUCGACGCCUCAGAUCUGCACCAAGGAGAAGAUUUCAACUACAUUUGUGUUAGAAGAUGAGUCUUCAUAUUCAUCCACCAUUUCUGAGACCGAUACUGAGAGGUGCAAGUCUGAAGAUUACAAAGAAGGCAAGAGUUUGCUAGAGAGAUGUGACAAGCUGCUCCACAGCAUUGCGGAAAUGAACUCAACCGAGUCACAGCCGAGUCCGAUCUCGGUACUUGACUCGUCAUUUUACAAGGACGAGUCGUUGUCACCUUCACCUGUCAUGAAACGAACAAUUAGUUUUACAGAUUCAUCUGUUGAACUAACAGACGAGGAGCUAGGGAGCCCGGGGAUCUCAUCCGUGAACUCCAAGUUCGAAGAUGAAAUUGACGACAAUGACUACAUCUAUAUAUCACGGAUACUGAGAGCUUCAAGCUAUUUAACCGAAGAUGAUGAUAUAUUUUUGUUCGUCGAAAAGCAACAUUAUUUCAAAGGGAAGGACUACUCGAAAGAAGCCAGACUGCAUCGAAAGCUAAUUUUCGACGUUGCCAAAGAAAUCAUUGAUCAGAACAAACAAUUGCCUCCCUGGAAGACGUUCUCCCCAAAAAAUUCAAACAUUUCAAAGCCAUUGCCGCGGCAAAUCUGGUCUGAAUUGCAACGAAUUCAGGAGCCAACUGAUCAGUCCCCUGAUCUGUUCGGAAUUGUGUGUGGUGUGCUUAAAAAGGACCUAGCUGCAGACGGAUGGGGAGAUUUAUCCGUAAAAAUGUCCGAUGCAGUACUAGACAUCGAACGGCUGAUUUUCAAAGAUUUAAUCGGCGAAUCGAUACGAGAUCUCGCUGAAUUUGCCGGGAACAGCAGAUUCUUGGCGCCUCGUAGGAAGUUAGUUUUCUGAAACAGAGCGAAAGGGAAAAAUUGGCCGUUAAGUUUGGCGCCCUUUUGGUGAUAUUUAACUUGUUUUGGUCAUGUUUGGUGUGAAAUAUUUAGAAAGGACUAAUUUUUAACGGUCACAUUGGCAUGUGGUGUGACUAUUGGGAGUGCUGAAAUAAUAAUGUUUGUUGCAAGUA